CGCGCUGGGGCCGCCUGCGACCCCCGCGCACACUUGGGAGGGGCAUCCGCCGAAUGGGGCGAGGGGACGUGGAGCCGCGGGGACGGGGGAUUCCCCGAUGCCAGGGCCCGCGGCGCUAAGCGCGGUGGCGGCGGCGGCGGCACUGCUGGCCGGCCUGCUCUUGCUGUGGCUUGAGGAAGCGGGGCCGGGGACCGGCUCCAGCAUGGCCGAGACUGAGGCGCUGCCGAAGCUUCGAGAAGACUUCAGGAUGCAGAAUAAAUCUGUCUUUAUUCUGGGUGCCAGCGGGGAAACCGGCAGAGUGCUCUUAAAAGAAAUCUUGGAACAGAACCUGUUUUCCAAAGUCACGCUCAUUGGCCGGAGAAAGCUCACCUUCGAUGAGGAAGCUUAUAAAAAUGUGAAUCAAGAAGUGGUGGACUUUGAAAAGUUGGAUGACUACGCUUCUGCCUUUCAAGGUCACGAUGUUGGAUUCUGUUGCCUGGGUACCACCAGAAAAAAAGCCGGGGCGGAAGGAUUUGUUCGUGUCGAUCGAGACUAUGUCCUCAAGUCUGCAGAGCUGGCCAAAGCUGGAGGCUGCAAACAUUUUAACUUGCUGUCCACUAAAGGAGCUGAUAAGUCAAGCAAUUUUUUAUAUCUGCAAGUUAAGGGAGAAGUGGAAGCUAGGGUUGAAGAAUUACAAUUCGAACGGUACUCUGUAUUUAGGCCUGGAGUUCUACUGUGUGAUAGGCAAGAAUCUCGUCCAGCUGAAUGGCUGGUUCGGAAGUUCUUUGGCUCCUUACCAGAAUCUUGGGCCAGUGGGCACUCUGUGCCAGUGACAACUGUGGUCAGGGCAAUGCUGAACAACGCAGUGAGCCCAAGUGGCAAGAGGAAGGAACUGCUGGAAAAUAAGGCCAUCCAUGACCUGGGAAAAGCCAAUGACUCUCUCGAGCCGUGACCACACUGGAGAAAUACUUCCUUCUGUAAAACUCAACACCCACCACCUAAUUGGUACUUUCAAGGUCUAAAAAAAAAAGUCAGUGCAUUUUAACUGUCGUUUCACUAUUCUCAGCUGCCCAGAUCCAAUGAAAAAUUACUGUGUUCUGCAUCAGCAGUGCAGAGCCUGCUUGUACAUAUAUAUAUGUCACCCAGGGAGCUUUGCAAAAAUAGAUUCAUAGUCUCAACCUCAAACUCUGAAUCAGAAUCUUCAGGGUGCAAGCACAGGAAUCUGUUGUUCAGUUUAGGCUUCCCCUAGUGAUUCUGGUGCUGCUGGUGGGGAGGCUGGCAUUGGAAGGCUUGUCUGCAGCCAUAGCAGCAGUACAAACCUUUUGUAUUUUGCAGAUGCGUUCUGUUCUAAUAUUGUCACAUGUGUUCCUUAGUUACCUGGUGCUGACUGCCGUAUUUGUGUAAAUGAACAUUGUGCCUUAAUACUUCUUUAGACUACGUAAUAAAAGUUAUUAUAUAACUGGGCUUGUAUAAUCAUGGGAGAAUUAAAUAUAGGAAGAAAAAUAAAUGGACAAGUCUUGGGUGCCUCUUAGAUUGUUACAAAAUGUCCAAGUGUCUACCAGUGGUAAGAUGUAGCAUUUUGGCCAGUGGGAUGGUAGAAUAGAGGUUAGUAUUUAUCAAGUGCCAGGCGUUAAAUAUGCUACAUAUCUUGUAACCCUCCAAAAAUCCUUAUAAUCCUUAUAGGUUUGACUAUCAUCUCCAUAUCUUGGGUGGAGAUACUGAGCCUCCCUGUGGUUAAGUGCCUUGCCCACAAGUCCGAAGCUGAAGACCCGAAGUUAGGAAAUGGCAGAGCCAGGAUUCUAACCCAAGUCAGCCUGACUGCAUAGCUUGUAUUGUUAACUGCUCUGUAAAAGCCUCCAGUAUCUGUCUGUUUCCAGGAAGUUCCAUUAAUUGUGGCUGGAUUAGUACAUGCUAUGGAUGAAUAAAAUUGAAAUAUGUGGUCCAGGA